GAGGGCCGGGCCGGCCGGCCGGGGAGUGCGGGUCCGUUCUGCGCGCGCUGCCAGCCGAGGCUCCCGCCGCCGUGACCCGCGCUCCGCCCGCCGCCGGGCUGGGACCUUGAUAGCUAAUGUCAGAAGAAAGUGACUCUCUGAGAACCAGCCCCUCUGUGGCCUCACUCUCUGAAAAUGAGCUGCCACUGCCACCACCGGAACCUCCUGGCUACGUGUGCUCCCUGACAGAAGACUUGGUCACCAAAGCCAGGGAAGAGCUUCAGGAGAAGCCAGAGUGGAGGCUGCGGGAUGUGCAGGCUCUUCGGGACAUGGUGCAGAAGGAGUACCCACACCUGAGUACGUCGCUGGACGAUGCCUUCCUGUUGCGCUUUCUGAGGGCCCGAAAGUUUGAUUAUGACCGGGCCUUGCAACUGCUGGUCAACUACCACAGCUGCAGGCGGAGCUGGCCAGAGGUCUUUAGCAACCUGAGGCCGUCAGCCCUGAAAGAUGUUCUCAACUCUGGAUUCCUUACAGUGCUGCCCGACACGGACCCCAGGGGCUGCCAUGUCCUCUGCAUCCGACCAGACAGAUGGAUACCAAGCAGCUACCCAAUUACCGAGAAUAUUCGAGCCGUAUACUUGACAUUAGAAAAACUCAUUCAGUCCGAGGAGACCCAGGUGAAUGGGAUUGUGAUCCUUGCCGACUACAAGGGAGUGAGCUUAUCAAAAGCAUCUCAUUUUGGACCUUUUAUAGCCAAAAAGGUGAUUGGCAUCCUUCAGGAUGGCUUCCCCAUUCGGAUAAAAGCAGUUCACAUAGUGAAUGAACCUCGGAUAUUUAAGGGCAUUUUCGCCAUCAUAAAACCAUUUCUGAAGGAGAAAAUUGCUAACAGGUUCUUCCUCCAUGGGUCUGACCUGAACUCUCUCCACACAAACCUGCCAAGGAAUAUCCUCCCCAAGGAGUAUGGGGGCACAGCUGGAGAGCUGGACACUGCCUCCUGGAACGCCGUGCUGCUGGCCUCGGAGGAGGAUUUUGUGAAAGAGUUCUGUCAGCCCGUGCCUGCCUGCGACAGUCUCCUGGGCCAGCCCCUGCUUCCUGAAGGGCUGAUCUCAGAUGCGCAGUGCGAUGACUCCAUGCGAGCCGUGAAGUCCCAGCUCUACUCCUGCUAUUAGGCCUCUUCCGGGAGUCGCCGUGUGUGAUUCCUUCCUUCCUUAGAAAUGCACAGGCUCACAUGCCAGGACUUGCUCCUUCCUCUGCAGCAGCACGGAGCUGCCUGCAGAGAUUUAAGGAGCGCCAGUCACAAGCAGACUUUUGACUACCUGAGUUGUUCCAGGGAAGACAUGGAAAUUGCCCUGGUGUACUCUUAAGUUUGCAACUUUACUCUGGAAGCUGUAUCAAUCUGUUUCUUAUGCAUCUUGGGAAGAACUAAGGUCAAAGUCAUUCUAAAGUAACCAGGAGAAGAAAACUUGACUGAUCACAACUCUGAAACAAUUGCCAAUCCUGAAAGGUGGCCACAAGUGAGACUUUUGAGUCUCUUUCCCAUAAACCCUAGGUGUUGACCUCUUGCUCAUCAGCAGAGUUCAAGGUUCAAGCCCCAGUUGUCAUUGUUGGGCCUGGGAAGCACUGAGUGGUAAAAACCCCAGGCCUAGGUAAUACUUAAAGAACAAAUUUGGAAGCCAGAGGCUUCAAAGCAUCCCUGGGAUUCCAGGGCUAAAUCUUGCAAUAGAAACUUUUCUCAAACCCAUAAAGCCUUACCUCUGGUUCUCCAUGGAAUCAUGUAGGUCAACAUAAAAUACUGGAUUCUAGGACUGUGGCUAAAAACAUUUGGACCAGGAGUCCGGUCGUAUGACUGGACAAGACACAGGCUUCAGCUUGUCAUCUCCUAAGUGAGGCUACAUGGAAUGAGGGUCUUUAGGGCUGCUGAAGUUCUGUGAGGUUUCUGCUUGGAAAGAUGACUACCUAGAGGUGGUUGGGUCUUUUUGUUUUGUUGUAAUGUAUACAACAGGCCUUAUGUAAAGGAAUAUCAUCUGGCCCUGCCUUUAAAGAAACUAGUAUGUUCCUGGGAGUUGGUGGUGGCAACUGCCUUUGCAGAAUGAUGGGUAAACUUGAAAGGGAUGGCUCUGGUGAGGCCGACCAGAUCUUACACAAACUCCUUCCACACUGGAAGCAAGCAUACUAUAUUAGAACAGCCACAGUAAUUGCCAGAUUUGGGCUCUUUCAGUUUUUGUCCCUGGAAACAUACAGGAGCAAGCUAUUGCUGGUUCACCUGGAGGCUCUGCCUUCCCAGACACACUGGAGUGUUUGUCUAGUGUGGGAGGACCACUUGGCCAGAAUGUCAGCUCUGUAUUUGGGUAUUUUAGACACCUGACAAGGUUUCAGCCUUAACUCAAGCACUGAGUGAGGUGAUUUAUCUACUGGCUUUUGACUUGUUUCCUUUAUAUUCACUAUGUAUUAGUGUUAAGUAUGUCAAGUACCAUUGGUUGUGCAUCUCCUAGACUUUACAGCUUACACAGUGCUUGGAGAUCAAAGGUCAGUCGGUUGUUACUAAGCUGUUCCACCCUUAACAGCAUUUCCCAAAAUCUCUGCAGAAGCUCUUUACAGAAAUGUACCUUAAUAAUGCCAAUUCUGAGGGAUAUUCUUUUCACCUUAGAUGCUAAUCGUUGAUCUUUUAGGUCCUGGCUGAGCUUAAGUGCCAAUACAUCCCUCUUGACUGCCCACUGAGACAAUUUGCUGCUGAGUUUCUGCUAUUUGGUUUAGCUCCUGGCCACCUAGACAUCUGAAAAGACCCAUAUGAUGGCUCCUAGCUGCCUUGAUGGGUCUUAUAAGCUUUCUUAGGUGGUUUGGGAGAAGGCAUAAAGAAAAAAAUAAAUCCCUCAAUCCUACUAGGUUCCCUGAAUUCAAAGCAUGUCACCUGACUAGCUAGUUCUUUUGUCUCCUUGACUUAACAAAGGGACAGCCAGGCUCUUGGGGAUAAAUCUCAGAACAGAAAUGAUGCCUCUUUGCGAGGCCUUUCUGGCUAGGCCAAGAGGGAGCCAUUCCAUCAAGCCUCUAAGGCUAGCUCUGCUAUGCUCCUGCUAAUGCUUGUGAACUCUAGAGCUCCGUCUUGAUACCUCAGCUUUGAAGCAGGCAGUGAGACCAGGACCUCGUGGUACAAAAUAAAGCAACUCCUCUGUUGAGCAGCAGGGGUGAAGCAGGCCUCAGCUGAGGGAAGCACACUGGUGGAGCCAGCAAGUGAGCAAGAACCUGGGAGUAUCUGACUUUAGGCUAAGGUGCUAAACACUUCACAGCUGGAAACCCACUUUUCCUAAAUUCAAGUUCAUGUAGUAUUGGAAGAGAAUAUCAACACCCUUGAGUGCUGGACGGGGGCUUGUAUGCUAAACUCUGAAUCCUGUUCCUGACCAACUCUCUGGCUGUAAGGACACUAUACUCUGCUUGGUGCUGAAAUGUCCUAGCAUAGGAAUGUGGGAGUUUUCUUCUUCUAGUCUGCUACAGGCUUCUAGGCAAUUCAGCUUCCUAGAAAUGUACGUAGUCUGCCUUCAUGCAGGAAUACAGAUAAAAGCUACAGAAACGGCCAGAAGUGCUGGCUUCACCCCUCGGCUUUCUCCAGGCACAGGUGGAUUUGAACUGCUCAUAUUUCAUCCCAGGUUUGUUAGCAUCUCAGGUUAUGGGGCAGUUUCUUCAGAGUUGGAGGACUGCGGUCUUCCCUCUGAAUACCUGAAAUGGCUUUAUUACCUAACAGGCAAUUUGGAUAGAUGUCAUCUCAUCCUUGAGAUCAUUCAUGGAACUUGCUUUUCAGUUGGGCAGCAACAGCUACACUCAUCAAAAGUUUUCUUAGGACACCUCCUUUAGGAAGGAAAACGCUAAGUUGAUAUAAGUGUAGUUGUGCUGUGGUCAUGUCAGGCAGGAACACCAGACAUGUGGGCUGUUGGAAGACAUCUUGGUAAGGCUCAGUACUGCAGUCCCUUCACUUUGUAAACCUGCUUUCUGCUCUCCUGACUCAGAAAUGCAAGAAGCACCAUCAAAUGUUUCUUCUCAGCAGGAACUUGCUCCACAGGAAGGCCCAGUGGAAUUUGCAGUUGGAGUCACAUUUACUGGUUUGUGACCAAAUUUACUGGUUUUUAAUCACCUGGGGUCCUGUGUCUGGGCUUUCAACCUUUUCCCAUCAGGCAGUUACUGGGAGCCGCUUUGGAUUCUUGUGGAUGUGCCUCAGCUUCUUGGCAUAUUACAUAGGAACCCAACAGGUAAAAUACUUGAAACUUCUCAAUGGCCAAGACCUCCGAGACCCUCUCUGAUGGGUGGGAACUGGGCUAUUUUCCUGACCAGUCUAGGCCACCAUUUUAGUCCCUGGUCACAUUCCUUACUACAAACUGAAAUUCAGUUUGGCUUUGAGUAUAGGCACAUAUGGUAGACUCACCUACUUCAGUGUUUUGACCAAAAGUUUAUUUUUCUAGUGCAUUUUUCUAAAUGGUAAAAAUACAUAAUUUUAGUAUGCAUGACUGGGUCUCCAAAAUAAAAACCCCUGGAAAGC